AUGCGCGGGAACUUUUCUUCGCCCACGUUGUCACCGCUGCCGCCAUACUCUGCGAACGCUCCGCCUAAGGGACCAGUACUGCCAGCAACUGCUCCACCUUCACCAGAACUACCACUCAUUGGAGUCACGAUACCAGUGCAAGAGAUCGAAGACAUGCGCGCAACCCAUAUCCGUCCGCGCACAGCACCUGCGUCACCGGAGCGUCCAGGCACAGCAGUCAGCACGCGCUCCACAAUUCGCCAAGUCCAGCCCUCACCAGACAGCCUUAUCAAUGCAUUCGCAAACGGCUUCGCAGACGGCGGCACUCCAGGACCAGAUAGAGCACCCGAACCCUCCUUCGAGCCCUUCCCACCCUUCAACUCCGCCGAAAAGGAAGACACGGCAGACGACGACCACGGCACGCACAUUCCCAGCACCGAGCCGACCCUCCCAAACGUCACUCUGCGCCGCGGCGGCUCGCCACGCAAGUCCCGCUCUUAUUCACCUCAAAAGUCCCGCAGCGAAUCUCCCCGCAAACACAUGGUCCGCACGCCCAUACUGCCCGUACACCAAGAGUCACCUUCCUCAUCGUACUCAGCCGAGCGCUGGGAAGUGCCUGAUACGCCGUCGCCAGUGACGCGCGAGCAGCAUAAACAGGCGUAUGCACCGCUGCAAGUGCGGCGGCCCAUUGCGGAGGCGAACCGUGAAGGAGAGCCAGCGGGGGGACAAGGAACGCAAGCCAGGAUUGCGGAUUACGUGCGCAAAGCAAAGAAGCAGCAGCGGGGUGAGAAGAGCAAAAGCUCAGACGCCGGACCAUCGAGAGAUGCCGAAGGGUCAGAGCCGACGAAUCGCGUUGUACCGGCACUUCCACAUAUUGUGUCCGCGAUGGCGCAACCCAGUGACACGAGGCAGACGUUGAGUCCGUUCUCAGUCGCGCAGAGACGGGCGCAGACAAACAUGGAGAAGGGGCCAGCGCGCCAUACCAGUGUGUCGCGGCGCAGUGAGGCGAGCGGUGCGAGUGUGGCCAGCAGGCACAGUAUCUUCUCGACUCCGGGAAGGGAUGAGAUGGAACGGAAGAAGCCAAUUAUUGAGGAAGACGAGGGGCCGUUCGCGAAGGCCAUGAGUGUGCGAGACCUGGAGCAGAGCAGGAGGAGGGUGAGAGAGGGGACGAGGGAUGAGGAGGAGAAGAGCGAGAGGAGGUCGACAUCACAUAACGACAUGGACCCUGGGAUCAUCUGCACCCGGCCAGCACUAAUGCUACACGACGUUGCGGUCAACUGCCGGCGCAUCUCCGCAACGCUGCCUCCAGACGGCUGGAACGACUCCGAGUAUACCCUUCAGCAAAGCUAA